AUGAGGGAGGAGAUGAUGCCCAAGCUGGGCAUGGAAGGACCCCCCCAUCACCACCCCCCUGUGCGAGUCUUCUCCCAAGUCCUGGUGGAUGAGCUGCCCUUCUCCUCCGGCCGCUCCCACCCAGCCAGUCCCAGCCCCCCAGGACCACAGGCCAGCCCGGUUCUGCCUGUCAGCUACCGCCUGUCCCACACGCGUCUGGCCUUCUUCCUGCGGGAGACUCGACCCCCGUCGCCUGCGGUGGCCAACAGCUCCUUGCAGCGCUCCGAGCCCUUCGUGGUGUUCCAGACCAAGGAGCUGCCUGUCCUCAACGUGUCCCUGGGGCCCUUUAGCACCAGCCAGGUGGUGGCACGGGAGUUGCUGCAGCCAUCUAGCACCCUGGACAUCCCUGAGCGCCUGACGGUCAACUGGAAGGUGCGCGCCUUCAUCGUGCGAGCCCGCGUGCCCGCCUCACAGCCCGUGGCGCAGGUGCUCUUCUACGUGGCGGGUCGGGACUGGGACGACUUCGGUGUCACGGAGCGGCUGCCCUGCGUCCGCCUGCAUGCCUUCCGGGACGCGCGCGAGGUCAAGAGCUCCUGCCGUCUCAGCGGGGGCCUGGCCACCUGUCUAGUACGCGCCGAGCUGCCCCUGGCCUGGUUCGGGCCCCCAGCCCCGGCUGUACCGGCCAGCGCCCGCCGCAAGUCCCCGGACGGGCUGGAGCCCGAGGCGGCGGGGGAAAGCCAGCAGGCCGAGCUCUUCUACACGCUGCACGCCCCGGACGCGGCGGGCGGCUGCGGGGGCGCGCGGCGGGGCGCGGGACCCGGAGCGGGGGCGCGCGCUGAGAGCCCGACGCAGCACCCCCUACUGCGCAUCGGCAGCAUCAGCCUGUUCCGUCCACCGCCCCGGAGGACCGUGCAGGAGCACAGGCUGGACAGCAACCUGAUGAUCCGCUUGCCAGACCGGCCGCUCAAGCCGGGGGAGGUACUCAGCAUCCUCCUCUACCUGGCUCCCAACUCCUCCUCGCCCGCCAGCCCCAGCUUGGAGCGUUUCACUCUCAGGGUGAAGGCCAAGAAGGGCGUGACCCUUCUAGGCACCAAAUCACGAAGUGGCCAGUGGCAUGUGACCUCGGAACUGCUAACUGGGGCAAAGCACUCAACAGCCACUGUGGAUGUGGCCUGGGCCCAGGGCACACCCCUGCCACCCUGGGAGGGCCAGAGUCCCCUGGAGAUCCUGCAGCUGGACUUUGAGAUGGAGAACUUCACCAGCCAGUCAGUGAAACGGAGGAUCAUGUGGUACAUCGACUACCGUGGCCACGGCUCCCUGCCUGAUCUGGAGAGGGCAGUCACAGAGCUGACAGUCAUCCAGAGGGACGUGCAAGCCAUCCUGCCCCUGGCCAUGGAUACAGAGAUCAUCAACACAGCCAUCCUGACCGGCAGGACAGUGGCCAUCCCUGUCAAAGUCAUUGCUAUCGAGGUGACUGGCCUGGUCCUAGAUGUCUCUGCUUUAGUGGAAUGCGAGUCUGACAAUGAGGACAUCAUUAAGGUGUCCAGCAGCUGCGACUACGUAUUUGUGAGUGGAAAGGAAUCCCGAGGGUCCAUGAAUGCCAGGGUCACCUUCCGCUAUGACGUCCUCAAUGCCCCCCUGGAAAUGACAGUCUGGGUUCCCAAGCUGCCUCUGCACAUCGAGCUCUCGGAUACUCGCCUCAGUCAAGUGAAGGGCUGGAGAGUGCCCAUCCUCCCCGACCGCAGGUCAGCCCGGGAGAGUGAAGAUGAAGAUGAGGAGGAGGAAGAACGGCGGCAGAGCGCAAGCCGAGGCUGCACCCUGCAGUAUCAGCAUGCCACACUACAGGUCUUCACCCAGUUCCAUACAACGUCAUCUGAGGGCACUGACCAGGUGGUCACCAUGCUGGGCCCAGACUGGCUGGUGGAGGUCACAGACCUGGUUAGUGACUUCAUGCGGGUGGGCGACCCCCGAGUGGCACACAUGGUGGACAGCAGCACACUGGCAGGCCUGGAGCCAGGCACCACCCCCUUCAAGGUGGUGUCCCCACUGACGGAGGCCGUGCUGGGGGAGACGCUGCUGACCGUGACAGAGGAGAAGGUCAGCAUCACACAGCUGCAGGCCCAGGUGGUGGCCAGCCUGGCCCUCUCCCUGCGGCCCAGCCCCGGAAGCAGCCAUACCAUCCUGGCCACCACAGCUGCCCAGCAGACUCUCAGUUUCCUUAAGCAGGAAGCCCUCCUGAGCCUCUGGCUCUCCUACAGUGAUGGCACCACGGCCCCACUCUCCCUGUACAGCCCCCGGGACUAUGGGCUGCUAGUGAGCAGCCUGGAUGAGAGGGUGGCCACAGUUACCCAGGAUCGGGCCUUCCCACUGGUGGUGGCUGAGGCGGAGGGAGCAGGGGAGCUGCUCCGUGCAGAGCUCACCAUUGCUGAGAGCUGCCAGAAAACCAAGCGCAAGAGUGUGCUGGCCACAACCCCUGUGGGCCUGCGGGUGCACUUUGGGCGAGAGGAGGAGGACCCUACUUAUGACUACCCAGGCCCCAGCCAGCCAGGGCCUGGUGGGGGCGAGGACGAGGCCAGGGGAGCUGGCCCUCCAGGUACCGCAAUCCCUGCAGUGGAGGCCCCAGGCGUGGGCACCUCCAGCCCUCCUGCGCCCCCCACAGAAGACUUCCUGCCGCUGCCCACCGGCUUUCUGCAGAUGCCCCGGGGUCUGACCGACCUGGAGAUCGGCAUGUAUGCGCUGCUGGGUGUCUUCUGCCUCGCCAUCCUCGUCUUCCUCAUCAACUGCAUUGUCUUCGUGCUGCGUUACCGGCACAAGCGCAUCCCACCCGAGGGCCAGACCAGCAUGGACCACUCUCACCACUGGGUGUUUCUGGGCAACGGGCAGCCCCUGCGGGUGCAGGGCGAGCUUUCGCCACCUGCGGGCAACCCGCUGGAAACCGUGCCUGCCUGCUGCCACGGUGACCACCACAGCAGUGGCAGCUCACAGACCAGCGUCCAGAGCCAGGUGCACGGCCGCGGAGACGGCUCCUCGGGUGGCUCAGCCCGGGACCAGUCUGAGGACCCCGCCAGCUCACCCACCUCCAAGCGCAAGAGGGUCAAGUUCACCACCUUCACCACGCUGCCCUCGGAGGAGCUGGCCUAUGACUCGGUUCCUGCGGGGGAGGAGGACGAGGAGGAUGAAGAGGACCUGGGUUGGGGCUGCCCGGAUGUGGCGGGCACUGCGCGGCCCACUCAACCCCCGGACCUGCAUAAUUACAUGCGCAGAAUCAAAGAGAUUGCAUAG